AUGUCCGUACUGGUCGGUCUUCUAAUCGAAGCUUCAGGUCUUCAUACUUGCAAUCGAUCAAGUAGGUUUUCCCAGAUACCCUUGCAAACUGACGAUCGGUGGUAUGCGGACAUCGACGAGUCGAUCAGUCGACUUCUUAAUCACAAAAUCAGUACUUGUCUUCCGGUGCCGGAGGUCUCCGUUCGUCAAAUGUUUCAGUACAAUCGACAAAUACAACCCGAAAGCGUUCUAUUUCCACCGCUUCUCUUCUGCUUCUUCAUCGCUUCUCCAACCUUAAACAAUCAGCAGGCGGCAGUGGUGGUGGUGGUGUUAUUUGGAGUAACGAACGGAAGAGUUCUCUGGCAGGGGUAUGGCAGGGGCGCUGCUUCAAUCAAAUCACGUCUACUACUAUUGGAAAUCUCGAAGCCUGGACCUCCAUCGACCGAGAUGAAAUUUAAGGAUAAGUCGCUUGCUUCAUCAUCCCCAGCCCUAUACAAGCCAGGAAGGCGAUUGCUGUUGAUGCUCCCCAAGGAUUGGGCAACAAGAUCAUAA